AUUCACUGCGAGUUCGUGCGUCGGUAGCUUGAGACCGUUAACAGUUUGUUCCACCGAGUAUAUAAAACGCCCCGCAGUGGCUGUCUGUUCGCGGCGUCGGACUAAAUUUCAUUGUUGACGUUUUUUAAUCGCUAUUUGAAGGGAAAUAAUAUUAAAGAAAAUAGAAAGAACACGAGGGAGUCUAAAUUUUAAUAACGCGAGUGAUUAAUUCAAGAGUAUAUUUCGAAAAAUAAUUCUUUCUCGCUGAAUCUUAGGAAACUCCGUAGCCGGCUUGUCGCGAAUUCGUUUUUUCCUUAUAUUGUUGUCCAAGACAGUAUCAAGAUUUUCAAAAUGGCGGAUCUUCAGGGAACCCCUGUUUCCCAGGACGCCCUGUCCGUGGGACAAUUGGAACUAGGAAAUAAUCCUAAUGCCCUUGCCCUUCGUAGGCCUUUCGAUCCUGUGGCUCAUGAUCUUGAUGCGACUUUCCGUCUCACGCGAUUUGCUGAUCUUAAAGGAUGAGGGUGUAAAGUCCCCCAGGAGGUUCUUGGGAAACUCCUGGAGGGACUACAGGCUGAUGACGGUAACGCUCAGGAUCAUGAACAUGCCCACUUCAUGCAUAUGGCUAUACCGCGAAUUGGCAUUGGCAUGGAUUCUUCUGUAACUCCGUUGAGGCACGGCGGUUUGAGCUUGGUUCAAACAACUGAUUUCUUUUAUCCGCUGGUUGACGAUCCUUACAUGAUGGGUAAAAUUGCUUGUGCCAAUGUGAUAAGCGAUUUGUACGCGAUGGGAGUGACGGAGUGCGACAAUAUGCUUAUGUUACUCGGUGUAAGUACUAAAAUGACGGAGAAAGAACGCGACGUAGUGGUGCCGUUGAUAAUGAGAGGUUUCAAAGACUCAGCUCUCGAGGCGGGAACAACGGUUACUGGUGGUCAAACUGUUGUUAAUCCAUGGUGCACCAUAGGCGGCGUUGCCUCGACGGUUUGUCAGCCGAACGAAUACAUUGUACCAGAUAAUGCAGUCGUCGGUGACGUCCUCGUUCUGACUAAACCGCUCGGAACCCAAGUUGCCGUAAACGCACACCAAUGGCUGGACCAACCGGAUCGCUGGAACAGAAUCAAACUCGUAGUGAGCGAAGACGACGUGAGAAAAGCUUAUCAACGUGCGAUGGACAGCAUGGCUAGACUCAACAGAAUAGCGGCUCGUCUCAUGCACAAAUAUAACGCUCACGGCGCCACCGAUGUCACUGGCUUCGGUUUAUUGGGUCACGCACAAAAUCUCGCAAAACAUCAGAAAAAUGAAGUUUCAUUCGUCAUUCACAAUCUACCGGUUAUCGCUAAAAUGGCUGCAGUAGCCAAAGCUUGUGGUAAUAUGUUCCAACUGCUGCAGGGUCAUUCGGCAGAAACCAGUGGAGGCCUUUUGAUAUGCUUGCCAAGAGAACAGGCCGCGGCGUACUGCAAAGACAUUGAGAAACAAGAAGGUUAUCAGGCUUGGAUAAUCGGUAUCGUGGAGAAGGGUAAUCGAACAGCGAGAAUAAUCGACAAGCCUCGAGUGAUUGAAGUACCAGCGAAGGAGAAGGACGGUGAACUUUGGUAAAGAUCAAAAGAAAAAAUAAACAAUCAAAGAAAAACGUGACCGUACCAGUUUCUGUGUACGAGCAAUUUGGUCACCACGUGAGAACCAUUCUCGGAUGCUCCUAACGAUUAUCUAUUCGUGGCAAAAAAAACGAAGGAACGAGAGGAAGGGAGCAAAAAGCACACAAAUCGCUGGAACAACGAAAUAUUCUCACUAACCAGCUGUAACAAUCAUUGCAAUAAGUGACGAACAAAUCCAGCAGCCUUGUUUGGAUUUCUUACCCGCAGUGGCUCUAAAAAAAGCUUUUGCAUAAAAAAAAAUUGGGUUCUUGGCCGAAUUUCAUAUUUUUUUCCGUUUUUUCUUGAACUUCAAAUCUUUGUUGAGAUCAUUUUGACACAUCUAUUUUCGAGAGUUUUUAUGCGAGAUUCUUGCGAAAUUGAAAUUGCAAUUACGAAACAACCAUUCGGAGGAAAAUUUACUUGACUUAUCAAUCAUCGAAUCGUCGUUUUGAUAAUUACACGAGAAACAAUAAAUACUUUACUUUUUUCUUUUAAAUCUCGAGAACUAAAAAUUAUCAGACUGGUUCUGCAAAAAAAAACAAAAGGAAGGAGGAAAAUAUUUAUUUUUAUGAUCUUUUCACGGUUGCGAUUGAGUCCAGAAGUUUUAUCAUCGGCCACAGCAGUUAUAAAUAAUUUGGAGAUUUAAGGUAGCGCUAAAGUUAACGUAAGUAACAAAAGAAAAUUGAAAACAGUAAAAAUGGCUCCUAAUAGUUGAUGAAGGUCUUCGCGCAUGCAAAUCAUCAAAAGUGCUGCUGCGUCUAACUGAGCAUUAAUAAACAAAAGAGCGGAGAAAAAGAAUUGUGAAGUUUUGAAAAUGAGAACAAAAUAAAGGGACAAAAAUGGCAUUUUGUCUGUCUAUUUUAGAAUCGCGUUUCAAUUCUUUGUCCCGUAUAUUGUUGGAUGAUGUUUAAUUCGCCGUUCGUGUGAGCUUGUCAAGAUCGCUGAUUGAUUUUCAUAAAGGAAAACAACAAUGAACGAUAAAACUCAAAAAUAAUGUGCGUUAAACGGAAUUGACACGAGGGCUCAACGUAUCAAUUAAUCACCAAUUUUAAUUUUUAUACCCAAGUACGAAGGCCUGCGAAUUAUGACGAUAUUAAGCGGAGUUUCACUUUUAGAACGACAAAAAAAAGGGAAAGAGAAAAAAAAGAAUAAAUCAAACUGAUAACACAGGAGUUUGAACUUGUUGAGGACAAGCUCAAACUCAGAAAUGUAUUACUUUUUCAUAUAAAUAAAAGUGCUACUUUGUCAAUAAAAAAGAGAAAAAAACUAAGAAUAAACGGUCCAAGCGCA